AGGUCACGUCUGAACACGUCGAAAUAUUUGCUAGUCAGCUGACUGUAGCUCUCACGCUCUCUCUCUCUCUGUCUCUCUCUCUUACUAAUCAAAUCAAGAUGAAGUUAAUUGUGUUGCUCAACUUGCUCCUCUUCUGUCACGUUGCAUCUACAGUGAAACACUCCCUGAAAAUGUUCUCUACUGCAACUUCUGGAGUCCCAAACUUCCCAGAGUUUGUAGCUGCUGCGAUGCUCGAUGAAGUGCUGAUGGGUUACUGUGACAUCAACAACAAGACCCCAGAACCCAAACAGGACUGGGUGAGGAAACUAGUAAAGGAUGAGCCACAACACCUGGAGUGGUAUUCUCAGGAGUGUUAUGAUAACCAGCUGUUCUUCAGAGCCAACUUGGACAGCCUGAAGCAGCGCUUAAACCAAACUGGAGAUGCCCACAUUUUUCAGCAGAUGAGCGGCUGUGAGUGGGACGACGAGACUGGAGAGGUUGUUGGUUUUAGUCAGUACGGUUAUGAUGGAGAAGACUUCCUUGUGUUGGACCUGCAGACGCUGACAUGGACCGCUCCAAAACAACAGGCUUUCAUCACCAAACUUAGAUGGGAUAAAGGCAAAGCUAGAUUAGAAUACUACAAAAACUACUACAUCCACAUAUGUCCUGACUUGCUGAGGAAGUACCUACACUAUGGGAGGAGCUCUCUGCAGAGAACAGAGCGUCCCUCAGUGUCUCUCCUCCAGAAGACUCCCUCCUCUCCAGUCAGCUGCCAUGCUACAGGUUUCUACCCCGACAGAGCCAUGAUGUACUGGAGGAAAGAUGGAGAGGAGAUUCAUGAGGACGUGGACCUCGGAGAGAUCCUCCCCAACCACGAUGGAUCCUUCCAGAUGAGUGUUGAGCUGAACCUGUCAUCAGUCGCACCUGAAGACUGGAGGAGGUACGACUGUGUGUUUCAUCUCUCUGGUGUGGUGGACGACAUCGUCAUCAGACUGGACAAAGCAGUGAUCAGGACCAACUGGGUUCCUCCUGCAGGGUUCCCUGCUGGUCCUGUUAUUGGAGUUGUUGUAGGACUGCUGCUGCUGCUGCUGGCGGUCUGCAUCGCUGGACUCUUCAUCUGGAGGAGGAACAAUAACGGGAAAAGAUGAUCUGCAGCAUCCUGCUGCUCAUCAUCCUGACCUCCUGUAUCUGUGGUUAGUUCACACCUUCACUUUAUUAUCCACAAAGACUGAAUACACUUUUUUUUACUUUUCAUAUCACCAGACUGCUCCCUGCUGGAGGACAGACUGACCCUCACAUGUUCUCUAAAUGUAGCCAGCCAAGUAAAACCGGGGAUCCUAUACUUGAAUACUUGAAAGGUGAAGUUCAACAUUUUGAAAGGGACGACUCUUAAAGUGAAUGGUGAUAUACUGUAGGUGUGUGAGAUCACUGUGCAUCACCUCUAGUCUCUGCUGUGGACCAGCUUCCUAAAAACUAGUGUUUGUCUCCCUCUGCUGGUAGCUUAAUUAAAGUCCUGGAUAUCCGCCUGGUCUUCUUUAGUAAUAAUUCAUGUAGAAUCUCAACACUGUAAUGCACAAUCAUGUCAGUGAUGUCACACAGAAAUGUAACUAUAUAAAAAGACAAUAACUUAAG